AUUGCAUGGUUGUUAUACUUUAUCGCUCGCACCUACUUAACAUCAACGCUAUCAUAUCUUCAAAUUUCCAUUUUGUUUCACACCUCAACAAUCUAACUAACUAAUCAAUCAACCACCAUUCUCACCGGUGAUCCAUAACCGUAAAACUAACUUCGCCGCCGCACUCACCACCGUUCACCGCCAUGGAUCCCAACCCAGGAACCUUCCCCAUUCUCUCCUACGUCAUGUCCCGCCUCCCUUCCUUCAGCCCCAGCACCACCACCACCACCACUUCCACUUCCAAUUCCCAAUCCGACGUCGAACAACCGCUAUCACCACCCUCAGACCCUUCGUCCUCUUCCUCAAUCAUCGGCCAAAUGCCGAAUCUGACAGACCCGAAGCUUCUGGCGGCAAUGACCCGCGCAAUCUCCGACGUCUCGCAGGCCAGAGCCGUCCUGAAACUGAUCGGCGAGCGGCCAACCCACGAGGAGGUCGACGACUCCAGGGCCAAACUGGCGGACCUCGACGCCCAUCUUUCCCGCCAGAUGGAAGAGAUCGUCGGCCUCCCCAAGCCGCCCGAGGUAAACGACGACCAAUGGCGGGUUCACCUCGCCGAGAGGGAGACGCAGUGCAGGGAUUCCGUGGAGAAGGAUAGGCGCGUGUUCAAGUCGCUGUUGCAGCUGGAGGAGAUGCAUGACGCUUACGCGAAGCUUCUCAAGGACGCGGAAAAGCGGCUUGUGAAGAUUUACGAGGGCGGCGAGGAUGAGAACGACGGCGACAAUGAUGGUGGCGCUGCGGCGGUGGCUGUGGAAGAGGAACAGGUUGCGGGGAUGCUGCAGGAGGCUUGUGGGAAAGGGGUGGAGCAUGUGGAUCUUUCCGGGCAGCACCUGAGGAAGCUUCCUGAAGCAUUUGGCCGCAUUAUCCCUUCCUUGGUGGUGCUCAAUCUCUCCACCAAUCAGCUUUCGGUGAUUCCUGACUCAAUAAGUGGAUUGCAAAAUCUUGAGGAGCUUAAUGUGUCUACAAAUGUUUUGGAAUCACUGCCAGAUUCAAUUGGCUUGUUACAGAAGUUGAAAAUCCUCAAUGUCUCUGGAAAUAAGCUGAGUGCCCUUCCUGAUUCAAUCAGUCAGUGCAGGUCUUUGGUGGAGCUAGAUGCUAGCUUUAACAGUCUGCAAUAUUUGCCAACAAACAUUGGAUUUGAGUUACAGAGUUUAAAGAAGCUCUUGAUUCAGCUAAACAAGAUACGAUCCCUUCCCUCAUCUAUUUGUGAGAUGAAGUCCCUCCGCUAUCUGGAUGCUCACUUCAAUGAGCUACAUGGGCUUCCUAAUGCCAUUGGGAAAUUGAGUCAUCUUGAAGUUCUUAACCUGAGCAGCAACUUCAGUGAUCUUCAAGAACUUCCAGAAACAUUUGGUGAUCUGAGUAGCCUCAGGGAAUUGGAUCUCAGCAACAAUCAAAUUCAUGCACUUCCUGAUACAUUUGGCCGCCUUGAUAAUUUGACCAAGCUGAACUUGGAGCAGAACCCUCUUGAAGUGCCACCUAUGGAGAUUGUAAAUCAUGGUGUCCAAGCCAUAAAGUCAUUCAUGGCCAAGAGGUGGAUUGAAAUAUUGGCAGAGGAAGAUAGGAAACACACACAGGAAUUUCCAGAAGAAGGGCAGAAUGGGUGGCUAACUCGAAGUACCUCCUGGUUAAAGAAUGUUUCUGUAAAUGUAACUGAGUAUCUCGAAACUACCGUUAUGUCCCCCAAAGCUCCCAGAACUCCCAGAGAUGCUUAUCUUAAUCAGCAGCUAUGAGCCUAUGAAGUGGUGAUCCAUAAAAUAUUGCGGAUUGUGUUGACUCAAAAGAUCAGCAACAUGGACCAUCUGCAACUAUUUUCUCUGCAGCUCCCUGCCGCAAAUUCUAAGUCAUUGAUUCUUAGAUAGUAUCUGGCCCUGCCUCUCCUUUUUUGCUACUUGUUACUGCAUAUUACCUAACAGAUUCUACCUAAAGGAGGGUCGGAGGUAACACAAUUUCAUUUUUGCUAAUAAGUGUGGCAGUUAUGUUUACAGGUGAUAGGUAAAUGAGACAAGAUUUAAUUACUAUUUGUUUUUACUAA